CGGAAGUAGAGAACGACAACUACAAGAUGAUGCUCUGAUGCGACCUCAACUUGCUUCAGAAGAGCAAGUAGAAAGUUAGCAUUGUUUUGACAAUCGAAGUCGAAACAUUUGCAUUUCAGAUAAUGAAUGCAUCUUAAUGAUACGUGGAUAGUGAAAGUAACAGGGAAACAAUGGAAUAAAUCCAGGCAUUAGAAAAGCGCGAGCUAAACAGUGUCAGUAGCAUAGUUGUUCACUUCUGAAUUCAAACGUCUAGCUUGCUACCUAAUAAUAUUAGUUCAACCAAACAUACAAUUAGAUUCAAUCUAGUCGACAGAACGAGACAAGGAGUAUGGCAUUUGCUAACCUCUUCACCAGUAUCCCAAAUGAUGUCACAUCUCCACGUGAACCUGCUUCUUUUGAGCGGGAGGACGGCGAACUGGAGCCAGAUGACCUGGAUAAAGACAAUGAGGAGACGAACAAGACUAGAAAUAGAUCUUUGCUGAGUAGUCAGCAGGGUGCCUCCAAAAUGAAGAAGAAAAGAGCCAGGCAGAGUUUUAGUAGUGCUCUUCCAAAGGGUCCAUCUAAAAAGGUAAGGGAUAAUGCGUCUAAUACGUAUUUCAGUGACUUAGCCUCCAGGGCCAGAGACUACCACAUGAAGAAGAACGACUAUAAGCAACCAGGCAUCGACUUCAGCAGAGAACUGGACAACUAUAACCGUGUUAAACUAGCAAAUCAGUGCAGCAGUCAGACUGAGGACCCUGCCCAGAGUAAUGGUGUCCAGCAAAAAGACAGAAGCGUCCAAAAUGAAGAUAAUCAACAACAACAACAGCAGCAGAAGAAGAAGAAGAAGAAGAAAAAGAACAAGAAGAAGAAAUGCGAUAUGGAACAGCAGAGUCAAACCAACUGGAGAGGAAACCCUACUGAAAGAGGUGGCCAUCAAGCUCACCAGUCAAGACAUUUUUCUUCCAUGAGAGGAAGGGGUUUCGCCAAUAAAGGUGGACAGUGGGAUGACAGAGGCCAAGACGGGUCUAGCAAAGGCAGUAAUUCACCCUGGGAGCAGCAGGAUGGAUCCAGGAAUGGAGGUGGAAGGAAAGAGCCGAUGGGCCGCUUUCAAAAUACGAAGCGCUUUCAGAGAAAUGGUCGGGGGUUCUGUGGCGGCAGGAGGCAGUUUGAGCAGGAAAAUGUGGUGGAGCGAAAGCGGGUGAUGACACAGGAGUUCAAGGACCAGAAUGUGAUCGAGAAGGAUGGGAGGUUCAUCUGUCGACAUUUUCUUUUGGGAAAGUGUAUCAAGGCAAGUUGCUAA